AUGCAUAUCCUAUCAUUCUGCGCACUGUCCUUCGCCGCCGCUAGCUCGGUCAUGGCAUCCACGGCUAGCAAUGUCGCCCCUAUCGAGCUUUCGUCGCUCGCUGAUGGUUGUACGCCAGAGGUCUACACAGAUGCUGGUACCAUUGAGGCAAUCCGAAACACACUAGCAAUCUAUCCUUUUGCUAUUGAUGGCAAAAACUUCGACGCUCUGAACAAAGUCUUCACCACCGACGCAACGGCCAACUACUCAGCGCCUCUCAACAUCCUGAGCCCACUUUCGUCCAUUCAGUCGGUGCUAGAAUCAAGCCUAGCAUGUGUGACUACACAGCAUCUUUAUGGAACACAGUGGAUUGAUGUCCUGUCCCCUAUCACGGCCAGAUCGGUGACCUAUUUCCGUGCCGCUCACUUUGGAAAGGGAGAAACAGAAGGCCAGGUUCUUUACGCGUACGGCCAAUACCAGGAUAAUUGGGAGCGUCAGCUUACCGGUACCUGGCGUAUUGUUCAUCGAAAUCUUGUUUAUAUGGGUCCACAGAUUGGCAACGAGACCGUCUUUUUGUGUUAG